AUGGCCGGUAUCAAUGCAUAUGUUGGAUUUUACGAGAUUUGCUCUCCAAAAAAGGUUGAACUCGUCUUUAUAUCGACUGCAUCAGGAGUUGUUGACCUUUUGAAGAACAUAUUGGGGUUUGAUGAUGCAUUCAACUACAAUGAAGAAUCGUACCUGAAUGAAGCCAUAAAGGGGUACUUCCCCGAAUGGAUCGACAUAUAUUUCGAAACUGUAGGAGGCAAAAUUCUCGAUGCGGUGCUACCGAACAUUAGACCCCACGGUCGCAUCACCGCCUGCGGGACGAUUUCGCAGUAUGACGAGGAGGAGCCAGACGCGACACAUAACUUGAUGUAUGUGAUCGUAAAGAAAAUCCAAAUGCAAGGAUUCAUCGUCUUCUACUACUUCAUUGUUGAAGGAAUUGAGGCUGCGCCAGCUGCUUUGGUUGGACACUUUUCUGGUCGCAAUGUGGGAAAGCAAUUUGUUCUUGUGGCUCGUGAUUGA